AUGUCAGAGCCGGCACCACCACGCCGCCGCGGCCCCGUGGCCCGCGUACUCGCCGAGCUGGGCCUCACGACGCUCGCCUCGUGCGCCGCCGACAUCCACCUCCUCAUGGCGCAGCGCUUCACGCGGCUCUUCGCCUACGGCGCCUCCACCCUCAUCCUCGUCAGCUACCUCGAGUCGCUGGGCCACGACCGCGCCCAGUCGGGCCUGUUCAUGACGCUCACGCUCGUCGGCGACAUCGCCAUCAGCUUCCUCCUCACCCUCACCGCCGACAGGGUCGGGCGCAGGACCACGCUCGCCGUGGGCGCCGCCCUCAUGGCCCUCAGCGGCGUCGUCUUCGCCCUCUUCCGCAACUACUGGGUGCUCCUGGCCGCCGCCGUCUUCGGCGUCAUCUCCCCCAGCGGCAACGAGAUUGGGCCGUUCCGCGCCGUCGAGGAGAGCAUCGUCGCGCACCUGACGACGCACGAGCAGCGCAGCGACGUCUACGCCUGGUACAGCCUGCUCGGGACCGCCGGCACCGCCUUUGGCAUCAUGGCCUGCGGCUGGGCGGCGCACGCCCUGGUCCGCGCCGGCUGGGAGCUGGGCGAGGCCUACAGGCUCGUCUUCUGGGGUUCCUGGAUGACGUUUUACUUUCGCUCGCGGUUCGGCAUUGAGGAGGGCCGCCUGGGCUCGAUAUUCUUCACCACGUCUCUCAUCUCGGCUGCUUCCGUCAUUGUGGCCUCGUCCAUUUCCAAACGCCUGGGAAACGUCAAGACAAUGGUGUUCACACACCUCCCCUCGUCCGUCUUCCUCGCCCUCAUCCCCCUCCCUUCAAACGUCUCCCUCUCCCUCGCACUGCUGGCCCUCCGCGCCUGCACGCAAUCCAUGGACGUGGCUCCCCGCUCCGCCUUCCUGGCAGCCAUUCUCUUGCCCUCUGAACGGACCGCGGUAAUGGGGCUGGUCAAUGUCGUCAAGACGAGUGCGCAGAGCAUGGGGCCCCUCAUCACCGGUGUCUUGGCAAAUCAUGACUUGUUCUGGGUCAGUUUUGAAAGAGAACGGCGGAGGGCGAGGGAUGAGGAGACGAGGUGA